AUGGCCCCUAACUCUCUGCAAAUCCUCACGCUGUGGCUUGCACUCGAAGCUGGCUUCGUCCAAGCGGCAGUGCCCAUUAUCCAGACCACUUCAGGCAAAAUACGAGGUAAAGCCGUCUCGAAUGCGACAAACGCAUACUUGGGCAUCCCAUUCGCUCAACCUCCCGUUGGACCUCUUCGUUUUCUGGCUCCAAAGCCACUUUUGACGCCCUCUGUCACCCGUAAUGCGACUGCUUGGGCUCUCAUGUAUUCAGCUCGGAGCCAACCGCCAGACCCUUCUCCUGCCGGUGAAGACUGGUUCACAAUCAAC